AUGGAAGGCGGCAGUUCAUUCCAAUACUGGGGUCCUAGGACGGAAAAAGAACUGCCAGCCUUGGUUCUCGUAAAUGGAACCUUCAGUCUAAGGGUGUCCAUAGCAGACCUGAUGCCACUCCUGUCAGAAAAACCUCCGAUUUUAAUGUGUGACCUCAUCAAAGGGAUGCUUUGGAAAUGUACAAUUGUUGUAUUUGCUGCUACAUCUUAUGUUGUGUACAAAGCUGGAAAUUGCAACGCACAAACCCUGGAUUGCAAUGUCACGUAUGGAUCAUCCUGCUACAUAUUUAAUUGCCUGAGUGGAUAUAGCCCUUGGGUCCGCCACAAUGAUACGUGUGUCGGUAGUGGAGGUCAUCUUGCAAGUUUCGAAUCUGAAGAAGAGUUCAAAUUUGUAGAAAAGAGGUUUAAAUUCCAAAUCUUAAAUAGCUUUUGUCAUGACUACUUUAUCGGACUAAAGCGCGAUAGUAACAAACCAAUAGAAGAACAAAAUAGCUGGACUUGGACAACGGGUAAGAUAAGGGAUCCGAUGGAUUGGUUUAUGUGGGGAGAGAAUGAACCAAAUGUGCGCGUUCAAUAUGCAGCAGGUGUUUACUUAGACGUCACCCUUAAUAACCGAACAAUAUUUGACGUCAACAUGAUACGGCGUGCACAUACCAGAUUAACUGGAUCCAUCUGCGAGAUUCAAUUUACUAUUGACGAUAUACCUGAAGUAACCAAUAUUCCUCUAUCAUUAGAACCGGAUGUCAUAUUUUCGACUUCAACUGAUAACAUAUUAAAAGAAGACGGGCCAUUCGAACUUGUUGCAAGUCUGACGGUUCUCCCAGAAAACACACAUCUAAAAACUGGCAAUGGAGAGUUGUUACCAAGUGCGUCUGACAUCGUAAAUAUCGACAUUUACGAUAAAAACGGUUCGAAAAUAAGUAUCAACUCUGUGAUCAUCUUUCCUUCUCUUAAGAUUGCGAAGACAGGAAACAACGCGAGUUUUAAUCAAUUUCCUGAAUGCCACUACACACAAAGUAAAAAUACAACAGCUACGUGGCUAAUAGAUGGGUGUAAUACUCUCUACCAUGACGACGACGACUACUGGAGCAACGUGAAGUGUAUUUGUACUCACCUGACGUCAUUUGUCAUUCUGAUGAAACCGAAACCGAUAAAAGAAAACAAGUUCUUGUCUGUGCUUACGAAGUUUGGCGUAACAAUUUCGAGUGUUUUUCUCCUCAUCACCCUAGUUAUCAUCUGCAAUUUCAAAAAUUUAAGAAACUCAGAUCGCUACAGAAUCUUGCGUCACCUGGUCAUCGCUCUACUCUGUGUCAAUUUGUUUUUUUCGUUCCUGGAAUUUGAUUUCAAACAUACAACGAUCACCUGUAGUCUGCUUGCUGGAUGCCUGCACUACAGCCUCUUGGCAGCUUUCUCGUGGAUGUUGAUCAUGUCAACAGAUCUUUACAUGAAGAUCAAACAUCCGUUUGCUGAUCAUGAAAGGCUUUUUGUGUACAGUCGUUACAUUGCCUGGAUUGGACCCAUCAUUAUCGUCGGAACGACAGCUGGUAUAACAAGGGAUAACUACGCAUCGGAUAAGUGCUGGUUGAAUACAAGCUCUCUUGCUAUCUGGGCUUUCAUAGUUCCCGUGUGCGUCGUCAUGCUGACUGUCGUCGUACAGUUGGUAAUUAUUGGCUACAUAGCUUACACAAAAUCCCAACUACCGAACUAUACUGAAGAGGAAAAGCAAAAACUUGAACGAAUCAGAAUCCUUAUACCAGCUGUUGGACUUACGUGGAUUUUUGGUGUCAUCAUCGUCUUUUGUGACUGGAAGAUAAUGGAAUACAUCUUUGUUAUCUUGAAUUCCAUGCAAGGAUUCUUAAUAUGGAUCUCGCAGUGCGUCAUCAGCAAAGAGGUACGAGAGGAAAUUAAGAAGAGGUUCAGCAAUCAUGUAAGUGACAUUCAUUAA